UUGUUUUGUUUAUCUUUUUAACAGAGUGACCAUGGACGCAGAGGAGUACCGUCGUAGAGGCAAAGAGAUGGUGGACUACAUUGCCGACUACCUGGAGAACAUCCGCAGCCGCCGCGUCUAUCCCAACGUCAAGCCCGGCUACCUGCACAACCUGGUCCCGGACAGCGCGCCCUUGGAGCCCGAGAACUGGGAGGACAUCUUCAAAGAUGUGGAGCGGGUCAUCAUGCCCGGGGUCACCCACUGGCAAAGCCCGCACAUGCACGCGUACUUCCCCGCGCUCAACUCGUACCCGUCGCUGCUGGGGGACAUGCUGGCGGACGCCAUCAACUGCAUUGGCUUCACCUGGGCCGCGAGCCCCGCGGCCACCGAGCUGGAGACCGUCGUGAUGAAUUGGCUCGGGAGGAUGGUCGGGCUCCCCGAUGACUUCCUGCACCUGCGCAGCGACAGCCCGGGCGGCGGCGUCAUCCAGACCACCGCGAGCGAGUCGACAUUCAUCUGCCUGCUGGCCGGUCGCACCGAGGCGAUCCGCCGCUACAAGGAGCGUUGCCCGGAUCUAGAGGAUGCCGAGAUCAACAGCCGCUUGGUGGCCUACACGUCGGACCAGGCGCACUCGUCCGUGGAGAAGGCGGGGCUGAUCGGCCUGGUGCAGAUGAGGUACAUCGAGAGCGACGACCACCUGAGUCUGCGCGGAGACCGUCUGAGGGAAGCCCUGCGCAAGGACCGCGCCAACGGACUCAUCCCCUUCUUCCUGUGCGCCACCCUGGGCACGACGGGGGCGUGCGCGUUCGACAACCUCAUGGAGCUGGGUCCGAUCUGCAAGGAGGAGCGCCUGUGGCUGCACGUGGACGCCGCCUACGCCGGCUCCGCCUUCAUCUGCCCCGAGUUCCGCGGCUGGCUGGCGGGCAUUCAGUUCGCCGACUCUAUCGCCUUCAACCCCAGCAAGUGGCUGAUGGUGCACUUCGACUGCACGGCGAUGUGGGUGAAGAAUAGCAACGCCCUGCACCGCACAUUCAACGUGGAGCCGCUGUACCUGCAACAUGAGAACUCGGGUCUGGCCAUCGACUACAUGCACUGGCAGAUCCCGCUCAGCAAACGCUUCCGCGCCCUAAAACUUUGGUUCGUCAUCCGGAAGUACGGCAUCAAGGGCCUACAGAAGCAUCUGCGAGAGGGUGUGCGUCUGGCGCAGAAGUUCGAGGCUCUGGUCUUAUCUGACCCGCGCUUCGAGGUCCCCGCCAAGAGGCACUUAGGCAUGGUCUUAUCUAUGUACCUUUUUACUUAUCUUUACAACCCAGCUACAUUGAAGUUUGAUUGUGUACUCACAAUAUUGUUACAGAUGCCGUACUUUUGUACUCGAGUUAGGAAGUUGAUUUAUUUUACACUGAACAUUCCUUAUCUUUGUUCUUGUGUUCUUAUUGAAAGCUGA